CUGAAUCUGUUCAUCUGAAUAGUAUAAGAACAGCACAAGAAUUACAAGAACCACUUCAAAAUAAUAAUAUUAAUUUAGAAGCACAAGAGUUACAAGAACUACUUCAAAAUAAUAGUAUUGAAUCUUCAAUAUCUGCAACUAGUAUCAAAUCUUCAACAUUAACAAAUCAUUAUCAACAAAUUAAUAUUAAAAAACAACAAGCUUCAAAAGAUCAUUUUUUUAAACAAUCUAAUAAAUACUCUUAUUUUCUAUCUGCUGAUAAUGAAGAUAAAUCUUCAGAAGAUGAAUAUCUUAACCCUGUGAUUUCUAAAGAACUAUUACAUUCUCUUUUAAAUAUGCCAAAUACAAAUUAUAUUAAUUCUCAUUCAUCUAGUAAAUCAAAAAAUAGUUUCUUUUUUCAAGAUGAAACACAACUUCUUCAAUGCAAGUUAAUUAAUUUGAAAAAAAAGAAAAAACCUCUAAAACAAUAUAUUGAUAUAUUUGAUUACAAUAGUUUUCAAGACAAUCAAGUUGAAGUUAAUGUGUUAAAGACUUUUGUAGCCAAAAGUCUUCAAAUACAUGUUGAAUAUUUGAUAGCUGAAUCUAAUGGAAAAAGUCCUAAUUAUACUUCAAUAGUUUUAAAUUGUAUUAAAGAAUUGGAUAAUAUUACAAUUAAUUUUACAUUUCUUGCUGCAACUUAUAAAGUACUUUAUAAUGAUUAUUAUUGGCAAAUAAUUGCAUAUCUUAAAAUUUAA